AUGUGUACAGUCACACGUGAUUCCAGCAACAUCCUGUCUGAAAAUCAGCUGCUGUGUCCCAUCUGUAUGGAUGUGUUUACUGAUCCAGUUACCACCUCAUGUGGGCACAACUUCUGCAGGAGCUGCCUUACACAACACUGGGAUAAGAGUCCACAAUGUCACUGUCCAAUAUGUAAAGAGAAAUUCACCAAGAGACCUGAACUCAAGAUCAAUACAACACUGAGGGAGGCUGCAGAUCCCUUCAAGAAGAAAAGUGAAGUUGAUAAACCUGAGGUUCUGUGUGAUGUCUGCACUGGAGAGAAGCAGAAAGCUCUGAGAUCAUGUCUGGAUUGUGGUGUGACUUUCUGCGAGUCUCAUCUAGAACCUCACAAUUAUGUCCCAAACUAUAAGAAACACAAACUCAUAAAUCCUGUGAAGAACCUGGGGCGCUACAGAUGCCAAAAACAUGAGAAACCUUUUGAACUGUUCUGUAGAGAUGAUCAGAUCAUGGUCUGUCAGUUCUGCACUUUAGAUGACCACAAGAACCACAACAUUAUUCCUGUUAAGGAGAUGAUUUACAAGAAUAAGCUGCGCAAGAAACAGACGGAGAUGCAGCAGAUGAUCCAGGAUCGACUGAAGAAGAGUAAAUAUAAUGAAGACACAAAAAAGGAAAAAUCUGACAGCAUUAAAACCUUCACUGAUCUGAUUCACUCCAUUGAGAAGAGUCAGGCUGAGACACUGAAGAUGAUGGAAGAGAAGCAGAAAGUCAUAGAGAAUCAGGCUGAACAAUUCAUUAAAGAUCUGGAGCAGGAAAUCACUGAACUACAGAGGAGAGAAACUGAACUGCAGAAGAUUCUGAACACUGAGGAACAUCUCAACCUCCUACAGAUUCACCAAACCAUCUGCAGUCCUCUAAUCGCCAAGAACUGGACCGAUAUUAGUAUCAACACUGAUCCAGAUGUGAGGAAUCUGAUAAAAUCUCUCUCUCAGCUUCAGAACACCCUGGAUGAGAUGUUGAGAGAAACAGUCUCCACAGAACUGAAGAGGAUUCAGCAGUAUGCAGUGGACAUGACUCUGGAUCCUGAUACCGCUCAUCCUAAUCUUGUUCUGUCUGCUGAUGGACAACAAGUAACACAUAGGAACAUGAUGCAGAAUCUCCCCGACACCCCAAAAAGAUUCACUAAUUAUACCAUAGUUCUGGGAAAGCAGAGUUUUUCCUCGGGUCAAUUUUACUUUGAGGUGCAGGUCAGUAGGAAGACCGAGUGGAGUUUAGGAGUCAUCAGUAAGUCUGUAAACAGGAAGGGGAAGUUUAUACUGAGACCUCAGGAUGGAUUCUGGGCUGUGGUUCUGAGGAACAGGGAUGAGUAUAAAGCUUUUGCUGGUCCUUCUGUCCUCCUCUUUCUGAAAGAGAAACCUCAGAAGGUCGGAGUGUUUGUGGAUUAUGAGGAGGGUCUGGUCUCGUUUUAUGAUGUGGAGAACAGGGUUCAUAUCUACUCUUAUACUGGUCAGAUGUUCACUAAGAAACUCUAUCCGUUCUUCAGUCCUGGUAAUAAUGAUGGAGUUAAAAACUCAGCACCACUCAUCAUCAAUCCUGUAAUAAAAACUCCUUGUUCGUUCAGCAGUUUCCUGUCUGAAGAUCAGUUCCAGUGUUCCAUCUGUCUGGAUGUGUUUACCGAUCCAGUCACGACUCCAUGUGGACACAACUUCUGCAUUAACUGCCUUACACAAUGCUGGAAUCUGAGUCCACAAUGUUACUGUCCAUUAUGUAAAGAGAAAUUCACCAAGAGACCUGAACUCAAGAUCAAUACAACACUGAGGGAGGUUGCUGAUCACUUCAGGAUGAAAUGUCAGGUUGAUAAACCCAAGGUUCUUUGUGAUUCCUGCACUGGAGAGAAACAGAAAGCUCUAAGAUCAUGUCUGGAUUGUGGUCUGACGUUUUGUAAAUCUCAUCUAGAGCCUCAUCAUAAUGUUCUAAAACUUAGAAAACAUAAACUCAUAAAUCCUGUGAAGAACCUGGAGGACUACAUAUGUCAGAAACAUGAGAAACCUUUCGAACGGUUCUGUAGAGACGAUCAGACGAGUGUGUGUCAGAUCUGCUGUUUGGAUGAUCACAAAAACCACAACAUUAUUUCUAUAGAGAAGGAGACUGGAGAGAAGAAAACUCAACUGGGUAAAACACUUACAGAGGUGCAGCAGAUGAUCAAGGAUCACCUGAAGAAGAUUCAAGAGAUCAGACAGUCAGUAGAGUUUAGCAAAAAAACCACAAAGAAAGAGAAAACAGAUCGUAAUAAAGUCUUCACAGAUCUGAUUCGCUCCAUUAAGUCAAGUCAGGCUGAACUACGGGAGAUGAUGGAGAAGCAGCAGACAGCCAUAGAGAACCAGGCUGAAAGAUUUAUUAAAGACCUGCAGCAGGAAAUCACUGAACUAAAGAGGAGAGAAACUGAACUGCAGCAGCUUCUGAACACUGAGGAACAUCUCAACCUCCUACAGGUUUAUCCAACAAUCUGCAGCCCUCCAACCACCAAGAACUGGACCGAUAUUAGUAUCAACACUGAUCCAGAUGUGGAGACUCUGAGAACAUCUCUCUCUCAGCUUCAGAAAACUCUGAACGAAAAACUCAAUAAAACUCUUCUGUCUCUGAAUGAGAAGUUGAGAGAAACAGAACUGAAGAGGAUUCAGCAGUAUGCAGUGGACGUGACUCUGGAUCCUGAUACAGCUUAUCCUAAUCUUGUUCUGUCUGAUGAUGAAAAACAAGUAACAUAUGGAAACACAGAGCAGAAUCUCCCCGACACCCCAAAAAGAUUCACAAGGUACAGUUUCAUCCUGGCAAAGCAGAGUUUCUCCUCAGGUAGAUUUUACUAUGAGGUGCAGGUCAGUGGGAAGACCCAGUGGAAUUUAGGAGUCGCCAGAGAGUCUGUAAACAGGAAAGGUAGGAUUACACUGAGACCUCAGGAAGGAUUCUGGACUGUAAUUCUGAGGAACAGGGAUGAGUAUAAAGCUUGUGCUGAUCCCUCUGUCCUCCUCACUCUGAAAAAGAAACCUCAGAAGGUCGGAGUGUUUGUGGAUUAUGAGGAGGGUCUGGUCUCGUUUUAUGAUGUGGAGAACAGGUCUCAUAUCUACUCUUAUACUGGUCAGAUAUUCACUGAGAAACUCUAUCCAUACUUCUGUCCUUUUGAGAAACAUGGAGGUAAAAACUCAGCACCACUCAUCAUCACUCCUGUAAUAAACACUGAAUAA